CCAGGAUGAAAAAUUAGUAGAUCUGAGAGGCAGAAACUGCCUUAGAGGCCACCAAUUGGAAAUUAUAGGGUGAAGAAGGGAUAAUGAAAUUUCUAAAGGAUUAGGAAAACUGAAAGCACCUAAACUCAGACUCAAGCCAAUAUUCAAGAAAAACAAUGAAUUUUUAACCCACAACAAAUAAAAAUGACCAAGAUUCAUUAAUAAAUCUUCCGACCUUAAGCCUGGAUAAAAGAAUUGCAAUAUCUUUUAAUGACAAUACGAGAGCCAUGACACUCAGAAAUAGCUUUGCUCCUGAAAAGACUAAAACCAUGCCGAGAAAGUUAGGCAAAAGACAUCUGAAGAACUAUAAGAGUUUAGACACCUUGCGAGGGGCUUUUGAAAAAUCCUCCAGUUUCUCUUCCCAGAUAGAGGGCAAAUAAAAUAAGAUCAAAUAACUUUUCUCUACCAAAUCUUAAGGGAAUUCAAAAGCAUGAAAUUGAGUCAAAAAUUGCUGAUAAAAAGGACGAACCAAUGAGAGCGCAUUUUGAUAAAGCUAAUAAAUUCGGCAAGAAGAUAUAUUCACAGAUUUUUGAGAGCGAUUCAUCAAAUUUCCUCUCCAAUAGUUUAAAAUAAUCUGAAAAUCAAUGACAAUCACAAGUAUCUAAGAGGCAUGAUGAAGAACUUUAAGAGUAUUCAAACGAAGGUUGAUAACCAGCCAACUAUUGAUCCUGUCCCAAACCUCUCAGUUCGCUGACCUGACAACAAACUGAUAGAUGAAAUUAAGGAACGAAAUAUAAAACUUGAUAUCAUUGAUAAAAUUCAGAUUUCUAAAAUAAAGCAAAACCUGUAUAUUGACAACAGGCAGAAAUCCUUAGACACUUUUAUUCAACAAAUUAAGAAGUACUCUUCUGAAUCAUGGGUAUGCAUCAAAGAAAUAUUGUUACUCGCAAACAGAUGUGGGCUGAAGUUAGACCAACGUUCUUUUAAUGGAUUUCUUAUGAGGAAAAGUCUGGUUCCCGGAAAAUUCCCAGGAAAUCUUAUAGAGAAAUACAUUGUUCCAAUCUUUGAAGCCCCUAAUGUUGAGCCUCAGAAAUCAUCAGAUAGUGCAAGCUUUAAUAAAAUAAAAAUGAAAAAGAAAGCUGGCUAUAAAGAGGGAAAGAAGAGUAAAUCAAAACUUGGUGAUUACUUGCAUCCUAACUCUCAAAUAGAAAGGAUGAAAGAAGAAAAAGAUAAGAAAAGGACGAUACAAACUGAAAAGCUUAUCUUCAAAAUUAGCGAAGCUUUGUUCAAGCAUGGCCUCACGAUCACAAAAUGGCUCAAUAAAGGGAUUAAAGAAAAUCCAAAAACUUUGAUCAGAGACCGAGUUAUUGACGGCCACGAAUACCAGCUUAUUAAGAGAGACAACUUCAUAGAUGCUCUGGAAGAGAUAGGCAUUCAUACAACCCUGAGAGAUAAAGAUAACCUCAAGCAGCUCCUAGGCACAACUUUCUUAGAUUUCAUUGACCUAAAAAUUGUGAUCAAUAUAUUCUCAAAACUUGGAAUAAAUGAAGAUAUUCCGAAUUCUACAAAAAUGCUGAAUUUCGAGAUCUUUAAUGGAGAAUGCAUCAGGAUAUACAAUCGGAUCAUCCAAUGAAUGGAAAAAGAAAAUGUUAAAGAUGUUGAUGACUGGCUGCCUCAAGAGAUUAUUGAACCGUUUCAAGUGGUUUCUCGUGAUAAAGAGCAUCAAGUUGGAACAAUUUAUGUAGACAAAUUCAAGAAAUUUCUCUCAGAAAAGAAGAUUAUUUCCAAUGGUCAAGAACUUAAUGAAUUUUUCGUUGAGUUCCUUGAGCUAUCACCCUAUCAUGACCACUUAAUCAUGGUCAAGAAGCUUAAGAAGUCACUUGAGAUCGUUAAAAACUGAGAAUAUUACAGAAACUUUGGAACAGCUAAAAGGACAGGCAUUAUUCACAGAAAAUGUGACAUUCACAGGCUAUUCAAAGGACUCAAAAUGACUGAAGAAGAGUUUAUGGUCAUGAAGCAAAACCUCAAGGACAUUGAUGUUCGGAAGAACCAGCUUGAAGCUCUUAGAAAGAUUGUUGCGAUGUGGAAAAAGAAUAUUAUGAGAAGAAAUUCAAUCCAAGAUUAUGUAGAGAAAGCACGAUCUAAAUUUAAGCAAGUAUUAACCAAAAAUAAAGUAAUCAAUCAAUUCAAAUUGGCUUUGGACAAAUCAGAAAAGAAAAAGGCCGAAAGUCCUGACAAUAAUCUCAAGCCACGUAGAUAUUCUCUUAAAAAGAGAAGCUCAAAGAAAGAAGAAAGAAGGGAUUCAAUAUUUAGUAUAGAUUCACAAAAGAGUGAAUAUAUGGACUCUGUUGCAGGGUUUAGCCAGAUAGGCUUUAAGGGAUACUCAAUAGACUUCCUCAGAAAAAGGUUUGGACUCAGCUAACUAUUCAAAAGAUAUCAUAGUCAAGUUUCAAUCUA